AUGCCAGUCCGGACAGAACUUCCUACACGCGUGGUUUAUGUUGGCACAGAUGAUGAACAGGAUCCACCAAGACUUUAUCCAGGCAACGGAGAGAUAGAUGGAUAUGUAGCUCUUAGCUACUGCUGGGGUGGCUCUCAGAAGAGACAUCAGACGGAAAGGAACAGGAUCGACGAAUACAUGCAUGUCUUAUCAGUAGAACGACUACCAAAAACACUCCAAGACGCCAUUCGCCUCACUCGCACCCUUGGGAUUCAGUAUAUUUGGAUCGAUUCUCUUUGUAUCAUCCAGGACUGCGACGAAGACAAGAAUCGUGAAAUGGCAAGAAUGGCCAAUAUAUACAAGAACGCGAUCUUCACAAUCUCCGCUGCAAGGGCUAGGUCUUGCGAUGACGGAUUUUUGGGUGAGCAAGAGCGAAGGGCUGCGAUUCUCCAGCAGCUUUCCAUCAAACUGCCAAUGAACUGCCUCAAUGGGGCCAUUGGGUCUGUACUUCUCUAUGACUCCAGGGAACAAUUUGGACGCGAAGACACACCAGUCAAUAAAAGGGCAUGGACUUACCAAGAGCAAUUGCUGUCUCGUCGCGUGGUCAGUUUCUACGAUGAUGCCGUAGAAUGGAGCUGCCCAGGUUGCCAUAUAUCCGAUGACAAGCUGGGGACCGAUGAAUUGGGUGUAACAGAUCCGACAUAUUUGGAGGAAAGAGCGUGGUUCUCUGAAAGAACAGAUUCUCUGAGCCAGUUCUUAUGCCUCGUCUCAGAAUACGGACGUGAAUUGCCAGACGUUCUUGCAACUCUACCCGACAGUUGGUGGAGCGCAGUGUAUGAGUACACCAUGGGAAGCCUAUCGAAUCUAGACGACAAACUUCCCGCUAUCGCUGGAAUAGCGUCUGAGUUCCAAGGCUUGGCUGGCGACGUCUAUGUCGCUGGGCUUUGGAUGUCGCAUUUGAUAACAGACUUGCGGUGGCGAACCGGUAAGCAAUUGAAAGAGUCGUCGAGCAACCCCGGCAAUAGGGAUUUCAAGUAUGACGCUCCUACUUGGAGUUGGGCAUCUAUCCAUGAAUGCAUAAUCGAUCGCCCCUACAGACUGGAUGAGUAUGACCUCGAGUCAAACCGGGUGGAGAUCAUCGAUUGCAAGGUCAAUCUGGUAUCAUCCUUUGCACCCUUCGGGUCUGUCAAUGGUGGGAAACUUGUAAUUCGUGCACCGCUGAAAUUCCUCAGCGACAAACAGGUAAAGGAAAUGUUAGCACAGCGCUUUUGCAAUUCAAGAUCCAUUGGGAUACUAUUUCUUGACAACAGGUCGCGGCAUCACGCUGACGAACCUACUACGCCACAUGAUGGAGCGGCUCCACAUAUCGAGUCAACAGGAGUCUGGUUUCUUGGCUUGUCAAAGCACCCAGACCUCAACUACGAACCCGGUGGCUUAGCGCUUGCGAAGCGAGGAGAUGGUCUUUUUGAACGGAUAGGGGUCUUCCAGAUGUACGUAGGCGAAGAUUGGCUCGAGUAUGGAACGACUGAACGUAAUGAGCUUAGGUCUAGUUGGGGCGAUGACUAUGUAAUCACUACUGUUACUAUAGUCUGA